AUGGCGGAAAAUAAAACUGAACCGGAAUUAUUUGAUUCCUCUUCAUCUGAGAAACAUCAACCUCAAGAUUUAGAAAGUAUUCAUUCCAAGUUAGCUCAACCAGGAAAUGGUGAGAAAGGAAAUAUCUUAUCCCAAUAUAGUGAAAAGCAAGUAAUGCAAAUGGGACGUAAUUAUGCUUCUAAACAUGAUUUAGACGUAGAUUUGUUCGCUAGAGCAGCCGCAUUAGCUAGAACUCCAGAAGAUUUCAAUGCUAUGCCAUUCUUAACUGAAGAAGAAAAGAUCGGUUUAAAUAAAGAAGCUACUAAGAAAUGGCAUGUCCCUUGGAUGUUGUUCCAAGUCAUUGCUUUAGGAUCAAUGGCGGCUGCUGUUCAAGGUAUGGAUCAAUCUGUUAUUAAUGGUGCGACCUUAUACUAUACUGAAAGAUUAGGAGUUACAGAAAUGAAGAACCCAGAUUUAAUCGAAGGGUUAGUCAAUGGAGCUCCAUAUUUAGCAGCUUCUUGUAUUGCUUGUUGGACUUCAGAUUUCUGGAAUAGGAAAUUAGGAAGAAAAUGGGUGAUUUUUUGGACUUGUUUGAUUUCAGGUUUGACUUGUGUUUGGCAAGGGUUUGUUAAUAAUUGGUGGCAUUUAUUCAUUGCUAGAUUUGCUAUGGGGUUCGGGGUUGGUAUUAAAUCCGCUACUGUCCCUCCUUAUGCUGCUGAAUGUACACCAAGACAAAUUAGAGGUGCUUUAGUCAUGUUAUGGCAAUUCUUUACUGCUGUAGGAAUCAUGUUUGGUUACGUUGCUUCCUUAGCCUUUUAUACUGUUCCAGAUAGAGGGAUUUCUUAUGGUUUGAAUUGGAGAUUAAUGUUAGGUUCUGCUGGGAUCCCAGCUUUCAUCGUGUUGGUUCAAGUACCUUUCGUUCCAGAAUCUCCAAGAUGGUUAAUGGGUAAAGGUAGACACGGUGAUGCUUUCAAUUCUUUGGUAUUAUUAAGAAAUGACGAAAUUGCUGCUGCUAGAGAUUGUUUCUAUCAAUACGUUUUGUUACAAGAAGAAGGAUCUUAUGUUGGUGUACCUUACUAUAAGAAGAUUAUUGAAAUGUUCACAGUUAGAAGAAACAGAAAUGGUGCUCUUGGUGCUUGGAUCGUUAUGUUCAUGCAACAAUUCUGUGGUAUCAAUGUUAUCGCUUAUUACUCAUCAUCUAUCUUUGUGGAAUCAGGUUUAGGUAAUAGAGAAGCUUUGUUAGCAUCCUGGGGAUUCGGUAUGAUCAAUUUCUUAUUUGCUAUCCCAGCUUUCUAUACCAUCGAUACCUUUGGUAGAAGAAACUUGUUACUUACAACCUUCCCCUUGAUGUCCAUCUUCUUGUUGGUGACAAUGUCGGGAUUUUUCAUCGACUUGGAUACCAAUCCUCAAGGUAGAACCGCCUUGGUCGCUACGGGAAUCUUUAUCUAUGCAGCUAUUUACUCCUCAGGUGAAGGGCCAGUUCCUUUCACUUAUUCUGCUGAAGCCUUCCCAUUAUAUAUCAGAGAUUUAGGUAUGGGUUUCGCUACUGCCACCUGUUGGUUCUUCAAUUUCAUCUUAGCUUUCACCUGGCCAAGAUUGAGAAAUGCUUUCACCGUCCAGGGUGCUUUCGGGUUCUAUGCGGCUUGGAACAUCGUUGGGUUCUUCUUGGUAUUACUUUUCUUACCUGAAACCAAAGGGUUGACUUUAGAAGAAUUGGACGAAGUCUUUGGAGUCUCCUUAAGGAAACACGCCUCUUAUAGAAUAAGAGAGUUCAAUAACAAGGUUAUCCAAAGAGGAAUCUUGAGAAGAAAGAUUGGUGAUAUUGAGCCAUUAUAUGAACAUCAAAAGAGAAUGGCUGUCACCAAUCCAGAAUGGAACGAUAAGACUGAAGUGUCACAUGUUGAAUGA